CUUAUUCUUUUUUAUAUCUCAGAGAUUGCCAGUUGUGAAGCGGAAAUCAGCUUGUUUGCCGAACGUUAUGAUCCAGAUACGAGAAAGUGGCUUUUCAAAGAUUUCAACAAAUGGUUCGAGGACCCUGGAGACUCUAGAGCGUAUUUUAUGCUUGGAGAUGCAGGAGUCGGCAAGAGUGUCUUGGCUGCUGUCUUAGCUCACCAAAAGAGAAACGCUGGAAACUUAGCAGCGGCCUAUUUCUGCCGCCACAACGAUGCCACAAGAAACAAUCCCAGGUAUCUACUGGGGACUAUCGCAUGUCAACUUUGCAAAUGUAAUGAGCAGUACACUAGUCUUGUGGGAGGGGAGGUUGGCAUUAGAAAUUCCUUAGGUAAUUCUGCUCUAGGUGUUCAGGAAUUGUUUACCAAAUUAUUACAAGAGCCACUGGCUCAAUGCGCUCCUGCUUACCCGAGAAAGUUAGUCAUUAUUGACGCUCUCGAUGAAACAGAAUAUGAGUCCAGGGAAGAUUUUCUCGAUCUUAUAAUGCGCCGUUUUCUCAUGCUUCCACAAUGGCUUGUGUUUUUUAUUACCAGUCGCCCUGAGGACUGUGUUCAAUUCAGAUUGAAAAAGUACAAAUCCUGUAUUAAAAUUUGCGCUGGGAACAGAGAAAACGUUAAGUUCUAUCAACAGCACGAACAGGACAUAAAACUAUAUUUGGAGAAAAGCGUUGAUUUCUCCCGUUUGCCGAUUUCUGUGGAUGACAUAGCAAAGAAGUGCGAUGGGUUGUUUUUGUACGCCUUCUACAUUGUGAGGGCUCUCAGCAAUCAAUUGCAUUCCGGGGUAUCUAGUCAGCUCGACGAUCUUUUCCCUGGAGACAUCGAAGAUUUUUUUAUGCAGAAUUUCAGGAGAGUUUUUCUCAAGGUAGGAGCGGACUUGUACAAGAAAUUGUUUGGAUGUGUUGUAGUCGCUCCAUCUCCACUACCUGUCUCCUUUAUUUCAUUAAUUCUGCAAAGAGAGAAUUCAAAUCUUGAUGAGCAGGAAGUAAUUGAUGCCCUCUCGACGUUUCUGUUGUUUCGCACUCCUGAUCAGUCAUUCACGUUUCUUCACAAUUUGAUCCCAGCGUGGCUAACUAACUGGGAAAAAGCCUCUCGAAAAUUGUUCAUCGAUAGGAUCAAAGCAGGUGAGUAUUUCAGAGACGUUAUAACUACAUGUCUCUCCGAAUUUCUGGACGAGCAAUCGGAAGGCAGCUUUUCCAUUGACAACCGUGUACUUGAUUACGUUUUGCGCGUGGGGGUUCGCUUUUUGCGUGGUUUCUCUGACAAAGUUUCACUAGAAACAAUCUCCAGAUGCUUGACUAGUUUUAAAUUUAUUCAAGCGAGAAUAAAAUGUAGACGUAAUGAGAUUUAUCUUCUUAUUAACGAUUUUAAGAGGGAGGCCGAAAACAAGACUUCUCGUAACAGUAAGAAACAAGUUAUCCAAGAAAUAUACGCUGUUGUUGAAAAGAAUGUCAACGUUCUUUCGGAAUGUCCUGAGCUUCUCCAUUCUUGCUUGCGGAUGACCUCCAAAGCUGUCCAGGAUGCUGUUAUUCCUUAUGGGGUCUCAACUUGUUGGAUGGAGUACAGUUGGGCUAGGAAUGCUCCCUGUGAAAUCCCCUUUGGUAUAAGCUACUUUGCUUUGUCUCCGGAUAAGAAAUGGCUUGCUGGAGGAACAGGCCAAUCUAUAUUCUUGUUUGAUGCGAGUACGCUUGAAAGAAUUCAAGGCCCCAUCAAGGUCGUAGAAUCAGGAGAUGAUAUUCACCAUGUGGAAUUUUCAUCAGACAGUAAGUUGUUAUGUUUUGGAAGGCUGGAUAAAUGGUUUUCUCUGGAUGAAGGAUGUUUGAAAGAUUUACCUCAGUUUGCUGGUAAAAAUAGGCUGUUCAAGUGGGGGUCGCUCGCCUUAUGUGGUCGCUAUAUUGUGGUAAAAGGUGAUGAUGUUUGGAAUGGAUGUCAUACCCUUUCUUGCUUGAAAGAAAUUUUUUGUUUGUGGGCAAGGCACGAGCUCAAACAGAUCAAGAGUGUUGAGAUUUAUUGUACGCUUAGAAAAAUUAAAAGUGUGUUUCAUAAUUUUAUUUUUUGUGACAAAGAUCCUUGGUUUGGGAUUAAGGAAUACGAGAAUAGACAGUUAAAAUAUGAGCUUUGUAAUUUUUUAUGGGAGGAAAAGGAUGAUAAACAAAUGGAGCUUCUUCAAACUUUGUUUUCAAGGAAAGAAAAUGCUGCUUCGCUCUGCGCACGAUGUUCUGCGUCGAUGCAGGAGCUCCAAGUAUCCUCAUUUUCGCGUGUCCGUCAGCAUAUCACUCACCUUUACUCUGACAUAUUCAGGUAUCAGGUCUGGAAUUUGGAGAGUGGAAAAUCUGUGUUGGAAGAAGCAUUUUCUUCGGGUACCCAGCCUAACCCAUUAUUCCUCGUCUAUCACUUAGCCCUUUGCAGUAAGUUCAUUAAAAUAUUCUACCGUGCUAUAGAUGAAGUUGAGUCACUUUGUGAUGUUGCUGUAGCAAAUGCCAUGUAUUACAUUUAUGAAUCUUUGUCCGGAAGUAGAGCUGUUGGGCCUUACUCUGAUCGGCACUUUUUCAACCUCAGUAAGUCAGUGCUUUUGAGCCCUUACUUUCUCACACCACCCAAAAUGAGUUUAGAACGUGAAACCUCGACAAAAGCAAGGAUAUCACUGGAUCAAAACUGGAUCGCCAUCGGGAGUUAUCACCAUCUGGAGGUAUUAGUGUGCGCAAAAAUUCUCCAAAGUGAGAAUUUUGAUCAUGAAAACCCGCGUCAUGUUAUUAAAGAUGUGGAAGCCUUUGCCUUUACUGAUGACUGCAGCGUUUUUCUUUAUCUCUCCACUGACAAGUUACUGUGCGCUCUGUCUCUCCAAACUGGUACCACCCUUUUAAGUGUCUCGGGAUGUACUCCAUUGUAUCUUAGGCCUGAAGGACUAGUUGGGUAUUGUUUUCGCACUGGAGACGAAGAAAGAAACAUCUUCGUGAAGGAUUUUCCUAGAGGUUUCAUUGAGUGUGUAUGGACUAAAUUAAUUUACUUUCGUUGGUCAGAGAUAGCGUUCUCCUCCACUGAUACCAUGAAAUCCAUCGGUUUUGGUCCAACACUUUAUUUCUGGAAAAUUGCAAACGUGGAUUUGCCCUCGGUCGAGUAUAUUUCCAAAUCUCGCUUAAUGGUUGGAGAAUCUCGUUUCGGAGAAUUCGAACCCUUCAAGAACUGCGUAUUUUCCUGUAGCGGAGAUCUGUUAGCCACUCAAGAAAGUUCAAGGAUACUACUGUUCAAACAGGAGAGAUUUGUUUGCACUGUCUUUGAAGAAAGGGAUUGUAAUAUUUCUUGCAUGAUAUUUUCUCCAAACAGCGCUUUAUUUCUUUUUUGUAUCGAAAAGAACAAAAAUACUCGGAAAUUCUUCGUGUGGGAUGUCCAAGAGAGGGCUGUGUCAGCAUCUUGUGACUCCUUUUAUCUACCCCCCGUAGAAUGCUGUUGUUUUUCAUCCGACAACUCGAAAGUAUUCAUUUGCGGUCAGCGAAGCAUUCAAAUUUGGGAGCACACUGGGAAUUCCUGUCGUCUUCUGAAAAUGCUGGAACCUAGUGGGAUUUGCAGAGAGUCGGACAAGUUCACUCACUGUACAGUUUCGUCAAACGACAAACUGCUAGCGUGUUGUUUAGGAGACAAAAUUCUCCUCUACUCUGAAGCUGAACAAGCGUCUGUUUUGCAAAUACCACACUGUCAUCUUGGUAGGGUUGAUUUUUGCCAGUUUUUGAAGGGAACUCGUUACCUGAUGUCAUAUGGGGUGGAUGGUGUUGUGUUGUUGCGGGAUUUGAACGACAGGCAAACUGUUGCAUACGCUAGGAUCACACAAGGGAUGGAGAGCAUUGUAAGGGUUGCCGUAUCUCCUGAGGAGGACAAAGUUGUUUGCUUAACAUCUGAUUAUCGCUUAAACGUAAUUAAACUCUGCGGAUUAAAGUGUGAUAACCUAUCCGAAUUACCGUUG